CGGUUUUAUGUAUAUAAAGGAGAUGCGACUAGUUUUCGGGAGCCACGUUUCUCUCUCAUCAGAAGAGGGGUUGUGAUUCUGUAGUAGUGGUGGUCGCAAUAGUGAUAAAAACCAAUUAAGCACAAGAAUGAGGAUGCGACGAGGAGUGAAGUUUUUCCCUGUCCUGUCGCUGGUAUUGUUAGUGACGAUGACGGCAGCGAUGCAGGCGACGACGAGGACGGAAGCAACGAUUACGACAACGACUUCACCGCCAACAACGACGACGAAGACACAGAACACCGAGGGGCUUGAGGCGUCACUCCAAAAGGAAGAAAAGCAAAAGAUAGACGGUGAGACUAAAUCAGACGUUCUUCGCUUUUUCGGGUCGUUUAGCACCACGACGAGGACGAUGCUGUUGAUGAUGACCUCUACGGUGCCUCUGACGUGCCUCUCCAGUGCCAACACGGGUACGACGUGCGCAGGGAGGCGGCGGCGAAAGAGGAGCCAUUCAUUAUUGAAGGACGUGGGUGAUGAUGGAGAGGGCAAGUCGCAUGCUGAUCUGGACGGGAGUGUCGUCGAGAGCAUUGACUCGCUGAGGUCCAUCACCACCACUGACGACGACACCGAAGAUUCCCGAAAGCUCUUGGGCAUAAACUUCUUCACCACCUCGCUCACCACCACCAGCGUCACAGUUUUCUUCACCGACACACGCACCACCCUCAGAAUUGCGUUCCUGUGUACAGCUGCGGCCCUGAUACCCCCCGAAAGGUUCUGUGUGGGUCUAGAGCGCUGCGCUGCAAGGCUUCACGGCCAAACAGGCGGCGGCUCGAGCCAUGCUCAGGCCGACGAUAAUGAGCACUUGGUCACGUCGGGAGGGUACCUGCUGGCGAAAGCGUGUCCAACUCGUGAUCAGGCCGUGAUGCACGAAUCGCUUAUGCUACUGAUGGUCGCCGUGAUGCUGGCGGCGUUGGGAACAGCGGCGGAGGCAGGAUCAGAAGAGGUGACUGAGAGAGUCGCAGUAAAGGUUGUUGGUGAGGGGAUAUUAUCAAGCAGAGACGUGGAGAACACACAUUUGGUGCAGAAGGGCACUGAGAUGGACAGAAUCUUCGCCGGUGGGUAUUCCACCACCUCAGAGACAGUGGUGGCGAUGGUCACGUCAACGGUGUUUUUCUCUUGCAUUGAGGGCACCUCCACUUCGCUAUGUAACGGCCGCCGCAAAAGGAAGGCUCAUCGCUCAAGCCUAUACCAUAUCGAGGAAGACGCCUCCUAUUCGGCACUGGAGGGCAGCCAUCGGGACCUGGCGCGGGAGAUGAGGGAGCUGAAAGAUCUUGUUUAUCUGGACCCUGAAGAGGAGCAGGAAGAUGAUCUUGCCAUGUCCAAGUUGCUCGGCUUCACCUUGUGGACACGUGCCCGCACCACUUCCACCGUCACCAUGCUCUUCACGGACACUAACACCACUAUCCGUCUUUCAUAUUACUGCCAGGCGGGAGGGCUGCAGAUGCCGGAGUUUCCGUGCCAACCCACUCCUCCACUAGAACCUCGCUCUGGACGGUCCUCGAACUAGAAUACGACUUUACAAGCAAAUGACGUGACUGUAGGCUUAAAAAGACCCACUAAACAUACAUUAAAUUUCCCCUUCAAUUUGUUGAUCUUUUUUUAUUGCACAUGAAUCAUUCAAAGAAAUGUCAGUCAGGGGCUCAGGGCGUUUUAUUAAGCUCGCUAAAAGCGCUUUUCCAAAAGAAGUUUAUGGUCGAAUGCGAAUUAUAUAAAUAAAACAAGGCGUAAAAGUGCUUGUGAGUGGGUGAUUCUGAUCUGACCGUUCUCUAUAUAAUUACAACCAACCGAUGCGCGCCACAGCAUCACCUUGUACAUGACCUAAUAUUUGAAAAACGCAAAUAAUUUAAAUUAAUAUCAUCCUAGGCAUGACAGCCCCUGCACGGCGCAGUGGUUAGCGUCCCUAACUACGAAUUUGCCGGCCUGGGCUGGGCAGUCGGCGUGCAGCCAACCUAGAUGUUCAUCCUUCCUUUCGGGUUGGCCGAUAAAUGGGCUACGUGGGAAAACCUGGAGAAGGUAAACUAUGGUAAUCCAGAUGUUGCACAGGUCCUCUGUUAGGGUCAGGGUAAUGGGUUCCCUCCACAGAGUUAUAGACUAGAAGGUUCAACUCCAAUCUCUCGUCACGGUGAGAGGUGAAGCCACUGCUUUUGCUUGUAUCUCUGUGGUCGGCCGCCAUAGGGU